AUGGAUAAGUCAAGGCAGCAUGAGAUACGUAUUUCACCGUGGCGGAAACGGUCCUCGUCGCGCCACGAACAAGUUUACACGAGACAUUAUGCAGUUAUAAAUAAGCACUCGUCCGUUCCCAAACAUCCAAAUAGACACUUCCACCAGAUGGCCGAGGAUAUCCUGAGAGCGGCACGUUGCCUGCACAGGCGGGUAAUUAUGGCGGCGGGUAGGCGCACCAGGUUUUGCGAAAUCGGCGGACUGUUGCAGACGGAUUUAGCGUUAGCUGCUAACUACAAACCU